CAAUUGAGCAAAAAUGUCGCAAAAUUCAUCAGAAAAUCAAAUUGUGCAUGUACAAAGCAGAAGAAAUUCCAUAAAUAGCGAAAGUAGCACAGAUUCUGAUUCAUCAUUGGGCUUUGGAGACUUUGAAAAUGACGUUUAUGGCGAAAGUUCGGCAGUUGCAAAUACUGAAAAUGCUAAUUUUGGUAAUAAUUCACCGCAAAACGGAUCAAAAGUUGACAAAUUGCAAGUUAGGAACUCAACAGGGGUCAUAGUUGGUAAUCAAACGUUCAUUGAAGGCACAGUUAUUUUUGACAGAGCAGUUGGAAAUAAUUUUGAGCUAUCGUUGGAAAGAAGUUUAAGUGAAAAAUUACAAAAUGAACAAAAAGAUACUUACAAAAAGACUUCAACAACUACAAAAAUUACAUUUUGUCAACGAUGGAAGACAUGUAUAUUGAUUUUUGUGACAUUCAGCAUCAUCUUAGUCAUAUCCGCUAUCGUUGCAACGUUUUUAUUAAUGAAUCUCAAAGACGAUAAUGGAGCAGAAACAUCAGAACAACCUGAAACUUCAACAAUUUGGUCGACAACUUCUACAGAAAUCACUUCUUCAAGCACUUUUUCUUCAUCAACAGAGUCUCCGUCAUCGACCGUCGAACAAAUUUCAUCAACAACUCCCCUUCCUCCGCUGACUUAUACGUUCAUUUCCAAAUCUGAAUGGGUUGUUGGCCCUCCUCCAACGGGUUUAGAGCCAAUUUCGCAUCCUGUGAAGUCAAUUGUGAUAACUGAAACGAAUUCAAACCCAUGCAAUUCGAAUUCUUCAUGCAUCAAAAUCGUUCGUGCUGAACAAGAAAAAUUUCUGAAGAUGUCGUGGGAUGAUAUUGGGCACAGUUUUCUCGCUGCCGACUUCAACGCCAUCUAUGAAGGUCGAGGAUGGAAUGCAUCGGGACAACAUGUUCGACCUGAGGGAGGAAAUUGUUACGUGAUUGCCUUCAUUGGGACUUUUAACUUCAAACGCCCAACAGAGGAUCAAAUUAACGCAUAUUUCGCAUUAAUUGAAGAAGGCGUCAGAGCAAAAUACAUCCACGAAGAUUACGAAAUGGUUGGAUUAUGUCAAAUUGCGGGAGUAAAUCGACCGGGAACAGUUUUACGAGAAAUGUUGAAAUCAUGGCCUCAUUGGAAGGAAACUGAACGACAAUGCACGUAAAAAUUUUUAACCACAAAUCAAUCGUGUGGUCUGUGAUAAAUAAAUAAAACGACAGAAAAAUCAUGUUUUCGAUGCGCAAAUCGAUAAAAACCCAGGAGCAACAAAAUUAAUUGUCUGGCAAAGGCACUUGUCUCGUGCACGCUCCAAAGGCAAAAAAUCGUCGAAUGAAUGAAAUAAAUUUCACGGAGGAAAUCUCUUUCACUUGAUUUACACAAUUCAUUACAUUCCUCAUUUUUAUCAACAAGAAAUCUGCAUACACGACUCCUGUCGUUCCCGUUGACGUUGGCAGAAGAGCGACGACUCGAGAAGGAAAAAAAAAGUGAAUUGCCUAAAAUAAAUAUAUAUUUUUCCCAUUUAAAUUCAAAUGAACAAGUAAAUUGGCUUAGAUUUAUUUCAUGAGAACUAAUUUGCAUAUCAAUACUGUUCGUUGGCUGAUGAUGAUGGAAAUCUGUGGAUGUUACAAAGCGAAAAAAAA